AUGACACAAGUGAAACCGUCAAAAAACAUACACAUCAAAACGAGGUUUCACAUGCUUUUGAUAUGUCAAAAUUUCCAAUUUUUGAGUUCUUCCGAUGCAGAAACUCAAAAAUUUGUUUUUGUCCAGAAAACAGUCCCUGCUUCAACUUCCAGCAACAAGCAGCUCUCUGCUGAAACUUCCCACAGUGGGAAGAUUGUGCCCACUGUCCAACCGAACAAAUCUAUUCAACCAGCUCCAAAUUUGCAGAAUUUACCUUUUCCUGAAAGAAUGAAAAGCAAAAAUGUGGACGAGCAGUUUAAGAAGUUUUUGGACAUCUGUAAGCAACUCCACAUUAGCAUACCUUUGGUAGAAGCUCUCGAGCAAAUGCCAAACGAUGUUACAUUUUUGAAAUACAUUCUAAAUAAAAAGAGAAGGUUGAAUGAAUUUGAAACGGUUGCUUUGACUAAAGAAUAUAGUGCACUCCUUACUUGUAAAAUUCCUCCCAUGUUAAAAGACCCGGGAAGUUUUACCAUCUCAUGUACUAUAGGAGGAAAAGAAGUAUGUCAUGUCUUAUAUGAUUUGGGGGCAAGCAUUAAUCUUAUGUCAUUGUCUCUUUUUAACAAACUAGGAAUAGGAGAAGUCCGUCCGACUACCGUGACUUUACAAUUGACGAAUAGGUCCAUUGCGUAUCCUAAGGGUAAAAUAGAGGAUAUUUUGGUCCAAGUCGAUAAAUUUAUUUUUCCGGCCGAUUUCCUAGUUUUGGACUAUGAAACUGACAAUAAUGUCCCAAUCAUCUUAGGACGACUUUUUCUUGCAAGCAGGAUAACAUUAAUUGAUGUGCAAAAGGGGGAGUUGACCAUGAUAGUUAGUGAUCAAGAAGUGAAAUUUAACGUGUUUUAUUCCCUUAAGUUUCAUGGAGAGGUAGACGAUUGUUCAGUCAUAUCUGCUUUAGGUGAAGAUCUAGAGAUAAGUUUGAUUGACGUUCCCUACAAAAAUGACAUUAGGGAAAAUCUUGAGGACAUGUUGGAAGAAAAUGUUGAGUUGGAAGAUUUGGAAUAUUUAGCGGCAUUUGAGCAACUUGACUUUAAGGAUAGAGUUGUCCAACCACCAUCCACAGAAAAAGACCCCGAUUUAGAAUUAAAGCCAUUAUCUAGUCACCUUAAGUAUGUUUAUCUUAUGGAGGAGGAAAAAUUACCCGUAAUUAUUUCUUGA